CCCGGCGUCAGGGACAGUUACAUCAGAGCUUUUGCCGGUGCGGUGUUACAAAUAUUACUUCCGUGUAAGCUGCGCUCACGAAGCUCAUCUGAUAGUCUCUUUGCAAAGCUUCUCCAAAGCAACGCAGUCAAGAUGUCAUCUUACGAAGAAGGAAAUGAUUCAAAGUUAAUGCGGAAAGUGAAGGAGAAUCCCUUUGUUCCAUUGGGAUUGGCUGGAUUUAUUGGCAUCGUUGGACACCAGCUGUACAAAAUGAAAAAUCGAGGGGACACAAAAAUGUCCGUGCACUUGAUUCACAUGCGUGUAGCUGCGCAAGGCUUUGUGGUUGGAGCCAUGACAGUAGGAGUCCUGUAUUCAAUGUACAACGAGUACAUUAGGCACCCCAAAGAAGAGCAGAACACUGGAAAACACAAUUGAACAGAGACUCUUACAAUGAGUUUUUUGUGUCUUUAAUACUCUCACAUUUAUAGAUGUACAUUCAGAGGCUGACUGAUGACUAAAAACCAACUGAUGGUGUACCCUUUUACAGAAAAUGUUUGAAAUUGCAAAUGUAAAUGGGGUGGAUGCUUGUGAGAAUUAUGGCAACACUGAUGUAUUUUUUUCUAAUGUUUCAGUGUAGCAUAUAAAACAAUAUUAGUUGCAGAUAAAUUUGACAAUAUUUAUGACCAGGAUAAAUCUGACUCUAGUAAUGACCACAAACAAAAGGUUCUGGCUUUCAUAUUUAUUUAUCAUUGUCCUAUUGAAAGUCAGCUACACUUUUAUGUUGUAAUUUGGGUUUUGGACAAAUUAAAAACAUUUCCAUAUUAAAUGCUUUUAAUUUGGUUUUGGGUUUUUUUUUCUGUAAAAUAUUCACCUCUCCUGACAAAAGCUUUAACAGAUGUUUGCACACUGUCACAAGAAAAAAAAAAUUCAUGUUUUUUGUUAUAAGUAUUUCUACUAAAAUGCUGAUUUUUAUUCAUUGAGAUUCUCUGCAUUGUACUGCUAAUUAUUUUUAAUUUAUUAGUAUUUUCUUCAUAUAUUUUUGCAAUGAGAUAUGAAUGAUACAAAAAAAUCAAGUGAGUUUUAUAUAAAUAAACUGUGGUGUAGUUUGUUAAACACAAUGUAGCCUGUUUUAGUGGCAAACAUUAAUUAGUUCCUAAGGUAUUUCCCGGGCUGAUUUUUAUUGUAUGUGUAGGGCAUAAGAGUCUAAUGAACAGCGAGGUUUUCAUCUCACACGGACAGGGUUACAUAUGCAAGUAUGUACCAGGCUAUUUGUGAAAGUCACCUUCAUUUCCUGAAAUAGUUUUGAAUCUCUGCUGUGUGUACACUUAUAUUACGUGCUUUACCUGGAACGGUUCUUAGUUUCAUAUUUUAUAUGAUAAUAUCCACAGCAAGUUGUUCAACUCACUUUUGGUAGCUACCGAAUUGAGCUACCACUGUUUUCAAAAUGGUUUCCUUUCUUCAUUAAAUAAUCUACUUCCUGUACAAAUGUUUUGUAUUCUAUGAGACACACAUAGCAUUUAGUGAAUUACUUUACUGACAUUGCAGUAUGUCUCUGAUGAAGGCAGUGUGUUAAGGGCUGCUGUAAAGAUGAGUUUUUAUUUGGCAACAAGAACUGUCUGCCUGACAUUCAUGAAGGGUUGUGCAAGUACUGCCUGCAUCACAAGACCAUGGAUGGCAUUCCAACGUGAAAUUACCUCUGGGGUGGAUUUGUCAGCAUGACUCUGCAAAUUCUCCAGCUUUCUAAAGACUAUGUAGAAUAAACAAGCAGUAGCUCUAAAAUCAGUUCCAAUAUGAGCUUAUGUUCAAACCAACUGAUAUGAUGAAGAAUCCAGUGAAAUGUUUGUGGCUCUCUUAAAUUUGAGCAUUUUAACUUUUUUUUUCCAAAUUAAAGUAAAUUGCUGGUCCUCUUAAUACAACACAUUAUGUUUGUACUAGUGUAAUAAAUCGCUCAAUCAAAUGUAGGCAAUUUUUUCAUUGUGGACAACAGAAG